AUGGUCGACUUGGAGAACCAAACCGCCGAGGACCACACCUUCAUCUUGGGCAACGAAAACAAUGCUGCUACCACCAGCAAAGUCAGCCGUGUUGUGCACGAUGAGGACUACAUCCAAUUUGGAAAUGAAAAAUACUUGAAGAGCGACCUUAUGACCGCUUUCGGUGGUACCCUUAACCCAGGUUUGGCUCCACCUCCCAAGAAUGACUUGGCCAACCCAGCUCCUUUGGGAUUGUCUGCUUUCGCCUUGACCACUUUUGUUUUGUCUUUGAUUAACGCCGAGGUGCGUGGUGUCAAGAUCCCCAACGUCGUUGUGGGUUUGGCCUUCUUCUACGGAGGUGCUGCCCAAUUUGUUGCUGGUAUGUUUGAGUUGGCUGUGGCCAACACUUUUGGUGGUGUCGCUUUGUCUUCUUACGCUGCUUUCUGGUGCGCUUGGGGUGCCAUUCAGGUUGACUCUUUUGGUAUUGUUUCUGCUUACGGUGAUGACAAAACUGAGUUGAGAUAUGCCUUAGGUAUCUUCUUGGUCGGCUGGUUUAUUUUUACAUUUUUCAUGUGUGUGAUGACGUUGAAGUCUACGGUUGGUUUCUUCCUCUUGUUCUUCUGCUUGAGUAUCACAUUCUUAUUGUUGGCUAUUUCUGAGUUCAAGGGUUCUGUGCCAGUCAAGAAGGCCGGUGGUAUCUUUGGUAUUAUUACUGCGUUCCUAGCAUGGUAUAACGCAUACGCCGGUAUUGCCAACUCUCAAAACACCUACUUGACUGUGAAGGCUAUUCCUUUGCCCAACUUGCAGGACAAGAGGGACUAA